AUCGGCUCGGCCAAUCAGAUGAAGGAGUUGUGGAGCACUUCCGGAUUUAGCUUCAUUUCGGUCUAACCGCAUAGCUAACGUUGUUGCUGAGGAUAGAGGCAGUCAAAUAGUACGCGCUUUUAGCUAGCUGAAAACAACUAACAACAACACGUUCGUCCCGCCACGGCGAAACAGACGAGUGUCUCGCUAUGGGUCGCCGGAAGUCGAAACGGAAGCCUCCUCCGAAAAAGAAAAUGACCGGAAACUUGGACACUCAGUUCACAUGUCCCUUCUGUAACCACGAGAAGUCGUGUGACGUCAAAAUGGAGCGCAGUAGAAAUACAGGCAUAAUAUCCUGUUCAGUUUGCUUGGAAGAAUUUCAGACUCCCAUAACCUACCUUUCAGAACCAGUGGAUGUUUAUAGUGACUGGAUAGAUGCUUGUGAGGCUGCAAAUCAGUAGCACACUAUUCAAAAUAUGCUACAAGAAGAAAAAAAAAAAUUACAAAUGUGAUGAUUUUGAAAGAAGGCUUUGCUCUAUCAGGAAAUUGCAGUACAAUUAAUGGCACAGCCCAAGGUUAUUCAAAAGAUCAAUGUCUUAAAAUUGUACAUUUUCCAAUCAGGGCCUUUUUGUGACUCUGCAAUUCCCUUUGACAAAAUUUAUGUUUGGAAACUAUUCAAUACAUUCCUUUUUGAAAAUCACUAAUGUAACUAAAUGGUGACUGCUACAUUUAAAUGUAAUUUAUAUAAACUCUAUAGAACUGUAGAGUGACAAGCUUGUUUAAAGGUAUGUAUAGCAUGGAAUGUUUUAAUAGGUGAUUGCUAAUGUUUCUUGCCAGAUAACAUUAAACUGAAGAUAAGUCAUU